AUGGCCAUGGAUAGGAAUAAUUCAACAGAAAGAGACAUUGCCUUGGAUCUAGAAAGUUGCAUGAAUUCUGUGAAAAAAGAACAGGAAGGAGUACAGGAUAUAGGAAUUCUGAGUAGCUUUGACAUUGAUGCAUUUUUAAAACCGGACAGAGAUGGGCAAUCGGAACAUAGUCGAUCUAGCUCUUCUGAACAUUCUUACACAGAUGAGGAGGCUUUGGUUGACAAGAGGGUUGAACCAGAGGAAAAUGUAAGCCUUUUGGAGAAGAAAAUUGGACUUGAGAAGCCAAACAAGAAAGGGCGCAAGAAGCCACCUAAGCCACCUCGUCCUCCCAACUCUCCGCCUCUAAUUGAUGCUACUAACCAGAAGCUGAUGAAGGAGAUCGAGGAAAUUGCAAGGUUGAAGAGAGAGAGGAUUCAACGAAUGAAAAUCAAGAUGAAGAAUGCUAAAUCAACACAUUCUAAUAGCAGCCUUUGGGCCUUGCUCGUCACCAUUCUUUUCAUCCUUGUUAUAAUCUGGAAAGGAUUGAUUCAUUUUUGA